AUAGUUCCUGGGAGGAAGGGGCAGAGGAAGGACAGCUGAGGCAGCGGCAGAGCCUCCGGAUGGCUGAGCUUGAUCUGAUGGCUCCAGGGCCACUGCCUGGGAUCACUGCCCACACCCUGGCACCUCUCAGCCCAGACUCUGGGGCAGCCAGCCCGAUAGAAGAGGACUGGGGGAGCCUGGGGGAGCCUGAGGGGCAGAUUGAGGGGCAGGACAGCAGUUCUGCAGAGCCAGCAGUCGCUGUCGGAGAGGGCAAGUGCAAGGGAGAGGGUGAGGAAGAAAUCUUGUGUGACUUCUGCCUGGGGGCCAGCAGGGUGAGGGCAGUGAAGUCCUGCCUGACGUGCAUGGUGAAUUACUGUGAGGAACACCUGCGGCCCCACCAGGAGAACAGCAAGCUGCACAGCCACCAGCUGGCUGAGCCAGUGCCGGACAGGGACCUGCGCACCUGCUCGGCCCACUACCGCUCGCUGGCCGCCUUCUGCUGCCCCGACCAGCAGUGCAUCUGCGAGGAGUGCAGCCAGAAUGAGCACAGGGGCCACGCUGCUGUCUCCCUGGAUGCAGCCCGCAGGGACAAGGAGGCUGAGCUUCGGUGCACCCAGUUGGACCUGGAGCGGAAACUCAAGUUGAAUGAAGAUGCCAUCGCCAGGCUCCAAGCAAACCAUAAAUCUGUUUUGGUGUCGGUCUCGGAGGUGAAGGUGGUGGCUGAGGAACAGUUUGGGGAACUCCAGGCUGCUGUGAAGAAGGCCCAGGCUGAGGUGAUGCUCUUCUUGGAGGAGAAGGAGCAAGCUGCUCUGAGCCAGACCAACGGCAUCAAGGCCCACCUGGAGCACAGGAGUGCAGAUAUGGAGAAGAGCAGGCAGGAGCUAGAGAGGGUGGCUGCCAUCAGCAACACCGUGCUGUUCCUGGAGGAAUACUGCAAGUUUAAGAACACAGAGGACAGUGCCUUCCCGAGUGUUUACAUUAGACUGAAGGAUAAACUCUCUGGCAUCCGCAAGGUCAUCACGGACUCCACUGUACACUUAGUCCAGCUGCUGCAGAACUAUAAGGAAAAGCUCCAGGAAUUUUCCAAGGAAGAGGAGUAUGACAUCAGAACUCAAGUGUCUGCCUUCACUCAACCCAAAUAUUGGAUCUCAAAACCUGAGCCCAGCAGCAGAGAAGAGUUCCUCCAGUAUGCCUGGAACAUCACAUUUGACCCGGAGACAGCACACAGGUAUCUCCGGCUCCAGGAGGACAACCGCAAGGUCACUAACACCACGCCCUGGGAGCACCCCUACCCCGACCACCCCAGCAGGUUCGUGCACUGGCGGCAGGUGCUGUCCGAACAGAGUCUGUACCUGCACAGGUACUAUUUCGAGGUAGAGAUCUCUGGGCCAGGCAUCUACGUUGGCCUGACCUACAAAGGCAUCGACAGGAAAGGGGAGGAGCGCAACAGCUGCAUUUCUGGGAACAGCUUCUCCUGGAGCCUCUGUUGGAAUGGGAAGGAGUUCCAGGCCUGGCACAGUGACACAGAGACCCCCCUCAAAGCCAGCCCAUUCCAGAGGCUGGGGAUGUACAUCGACUUCCCAGGAAAGACCCUCUCCUUCUAUGGCAUAGAGCCUGGUGCCAUGACUCUGGUUCACAAGUUUGACUGCAAUUUUUCCGAGCCAGUCUACCCUGCCUUCUGGCUUUCCAAGAAGGAAAACAGCAUCCGGAUUGUGGAUCUAGGAGAAGAACCCGAGAAGGCGGCACCACCCUCAGUGGAGGCCACUCCCUUUUAUCAUCUUGGCAUCAUGGAAAACCUGGACUCGAGGUUCAAGAAUGCCCCGUAUUUUAGUUGUGAGAAAAGAAAUGACUUGGUUCCUGUGUGCCAGAAGUGUGAAACGUGUAUCUUGGCCUGGAAAAUCUUCUCUACCAAAGAGUGGUUCCGAAGGAUCAGCGAAGUAUCGCAGAGGUGGUUUCUAGUUAGCGUUCUGAAGCAGUUAAAUAGCUUGUAUUUGUUACACUAUUUUCAAAACAUCCUUCAGACCACGCAGGGGAAAGAUUUCAUCUACAGCAGGACCCGCAUCCACCUCAGCAAGAAGGAAGGAAAAAUUGUGAAGUCCUCCUUGAACCAAAUGUUGGAUAAAACGGUGGAACAGAAGAUGAAGGAAAUCUUGUGCUGGUUUGGGAGCAGCACCCACUGGACGAAGGCAAAUUAUACUCUUUUGCUGCUGCAAAUGUGUGACCCCAAGUUACUGCUCACUGCUGCCAAUGUGGUCAGGGUCCUGUUUCUGAGAGAGCGGAGCGCUGUCGUAGGGCUCGAUCAAAACACCGCAGAUGUGUUUUUCUUCCCCGAGAAAGACUCCAGCUCCAAGUCUGAGCCCUCACAUGUUUACUGGACAGUCAAAACCAGGCAAACAUCCUUCCCUUUGUCCAAAGCCCCAGGGAAAGAAAGUUGGGCUGAAAAUGUGGGAGGAAGGGCACCAGUUAUUGAGGGGCAAUGGAAGAGUUCACUUCAGUGUAUUUCUGAGAUGAAUAGGCUGUUUUCCAGAAAAACAGGUGUGCCCAAAGCGGGCGGCCUUCCCUUUGAUCAGCUGAUUGACCUGGAUGCUGUUAGAGACCUGUCCUCGGGGUUCAGCCAAUACCGGGACUUCAUCCGCCACCUGCCCAUCCACGUCUCCAAGUACAUUCUAAGUAUGUUCAUGUGGAGGGGGAAUUCCUCAAGAGACCUCUCGUUUCAGCCCGGUGCUGAGGUCCCCGGGUCUAUCUUUUUUUUUUUUUUCUCAGGUAUGCUGGAUAAAAACACCCUGAACAAAUGUGCCUCUGUGAGCCAGCACUGGGCCGCACUGGCACACCAGGUCAAGAUGGACCUUUCGAUGCACGCAUUCAUUCAGAGCCAGGUGGCUCUCUUACAGGGGUCCUACACUAGGGGCAUAGAUCCUAAUUAUGCCAACAAGCUUUCUAUCCCAGUUCCUAAAAUGGCAGAUGAUGGGAAGCACAUGCGUGUGAAAAACCAGAAAUGGAAGCUGAGAACAAAGACUGACUACAACCUGUGGACUGCAUACCAGAACCAGGAGACUCUGAAUGUCCAGAUGGAGGAGAGAAAUGUCUACUGUGGGACCUACAAUAUCCGGAUUCUUUCUGACACGUGGGACAGAAACAGAGUCAUCCAUUAUUCUGGGGGAGAUUUGGUAGCUGUGUCAUCAAAUCGGAAGAUCCAGCUUCUGGACAUCAUCCAAGUAAAGGAGAUACCCGUCGAGUUCCGUGGACACGCUGGGAGCAUCCGCACCCUCUUCUUGUGUGAGGAGGAAAACUUUCUCCUGAGUGGGAGCUAUGACCUGAGUAUCAGAUACUGGGAUCUGAAAAGUGGAACUUGCAUACGAAUCUUCAAUGGCCACCAAGGGACAGUCACUUGCAUGGAUUUAUAUAAGAACAAGCUUGUAUCUGGAGCAAGAGAUUGCCAGGUGAAAGUGUGGGAUCUAGACACAGGGAAGUGCCUGAAGACGUUUAAGCACAAAGACCCCAUCUUGGCCACCAGGAUCAGUGACACCUACAUUGUGAGCAGCUGUGAGCGAGGGAUGGUCAAGGUGUGGCAUGUUGCCACGGCCCAGCUGGUGAAGACUCUCAACGGCCACGAGGGAGCGGUGAAGUGCCUGUGCUUUGACCAGUGGCAUCUCCUCUCAGGAAGUGCUGACGGCCUAGUCAUGGCCUGGAGCAUGGUGGGAAAGUACGAGAGAUGCCUCAUGGCCUUCAAGCAUCCCAAGUAAGUGCUGGCGAGGCCUUGACUGCUGACCUCCAUGCUCUCCCCUUUGCCGACACAGCCGAGGCUCUGUGCUGUGCUGGCCUCUUUUCC